AUGGCGCCAUCGCAACAUGAGGUCGAGAACUCACCACGUGGGAUCCGACGAUGGCUUCAAUCAAUAGUUGAUCGAUUAACAAAGGAUUGGAAGCCGGCACUGUGCCAGUCGUUAUUCACUGAAGCUGAACUCAUUGAAUUGUGCUAUCGGGCAAGAGAGACAUUUUGGAGUCAAAAAACUAUGAUUGAG